AGUAGUUGUUGUUGUUGUUGGUAUAAUUAUGGUAUAUCGUGGAGGACAGCAGAAGGGUAUUAAUGAUGACGUGAAGAAAACUAAUAAGAUGACAGCUAUUAGUAAGAAGGGGGGUAAGAAGAAUAAGAAGGAGAUGUAUAAGAAGAAUGGUAAAAAGGAAUCAACCAAUGCUGCUAACCGGCUAAAGGAUAAUACUACUAAAGAUUCGGUAUCACAACAGAGACGUGUAAAUAAGGAGAAAGCUAUAAGGAAGCAUGAUCCUAAUUGGGAGGAUCGUAGAAGGCUUAAUAGGCUAUAUUCAAAUCUUAUUAAUAAUACAACUUCUACUAACACGACUAACGCCGCCGCUGCCCACCAUGAUGAUGUGAAUGAUAAUAAGAAAAGUGAUAUCGUUGAGGAUAUAUUGAAGGAGAUGAUGACUAAGGGUAUUAAUAAUUAUAUACUCAAUCAUUCUGGUAGUAGAAUAGUCCAAGCUUGUAUGAAGUAUGGUACAAUGGAUCAAAGGAAACGUAUAUUAACAACAUUAUCUGGAGAAGGUUUGGAAGAUGCUAUAUUACAGGGUAAAGCAUAUGGUAUGUUGGCUAUUGAAAGAUUAAUAUCAUAUGGUAUUAAAACUGAUAAGAAAUUAACUAUUAAUACUAUAUUAAAGCCAUUAUUGGGUGAUAGAAAGAUAGUUGAGAGAUUAUUCAUACAUCGUGUUGGAUGUCGUUUCUUAUCUACUAUGUAUAACAAUACUAAGAUACCUUCACAAUAUAGACGUCGGAUAUACACUAUUAUAUCCACUCCAGCUGUAUAUGAUAUUAAAGCAAUGACUAAUGAUGAUGAUGGUGGUGUUGAUGUUGAUAAUAUGGAUAAUAACAAGUUAUUAGAUCAUAGGAUGAAGUUAUGUCGUAAAGCUGUUGAUAAGGAGUUAUUGGAUAACGGUUCAUUAGUACAUAAGUUAUUCCUUUCAACAUUGGAGAUAUCUGAUGUUAUUGGUAAUACUAAUGAUAUAAUAAAAGAACUAUUACAGCUAACUAAUGAGGGUGCUACAAGGUUAUUAUCAUCAAGAGAAGGAGUAUUAGUAUUCUGUCGUAUGUUCGGGUAUGCUAGUGCUAAAGAGAAGAAGGUACUUAUUAAGGAGUGUAAAGGGAACUUUAAGGCAUUAGCUAUGAAUCCAGUUGAUGCUAUUGUUCUUAUACGUAUGUUACAAUACCAAUAUGGACAUUUGGUAUUAUUGUAUGCAUUGGGUGAGAGAAGGGAUAGAUUCUAUCCUCAUUAUUAUAGACAUAUUAUGGAGUUACCACGACCAUCCUCUGUUAAAGAUGAUGAAUUGAGGCGUAAAGAGAUACGUAAUAAGGUUAUGAAUACUAUGAAGAAGACUGUAAUGAACAUGGAUAUAGGAAAGUUAUAUGAACUUAUCAUUAACAGAUAUAGCAGUGUAGAAGAAGAAGGUGGAAUUGAUGCCAUUAAUACUUCUAUUAAACAACAACAACAUGAGGAUGGUAGUAAUAAAGCUGGCCAAGCUUUCCUUGAUACCCUCAUUACUGUUAUGAAUGAAAAGGAUACUGAUGAGGAAGAGGAAGAGGAGGAAGUGAAUGAUGGUAUGGAAGAGGAGGAGGAUGAUGAAGAAGAAGAAGUUGGUCUAGCCAAUGAUGAUGAAUAG